CAAUAACAACAUAAAUAAAGACACAAAUUCAAGUUUAAGGAGACCUAAUGUUGAAUCGGUCCAUUAAACUUGAUGAAUUCAAGUAUUCAUCACAUCAACACAAAACAGUAACGGAGAAGAACUUGAGCAGUUUGUCAUUCCUGCAAAUAAACUACAUUAAAUUGAAGGGGAGGAGUAUUUCACUUAAAUUCCAGAUCAAAUUACAAGCAGUAGGGAACUUGAAAUAUCUCCGCUGGCAGCCCGAGGAUCUCGGAUCUCUCUUUGUUUCUCUACCGUCGGCUUUUGUUUUUUUCAGACCUCCCCAAAAAAAUCCCAGCGAAAAAAGAUCCCUAUUAAUUUAUAGAGGAAGAAGAGAUCACCUAGACCUAGUCUUCUCUCCAUCACAGCCCACCAAUUUCCUCUUCUUUCUUCGCAGCCCUUGAUCAUUGAAUGCCAAACGAUCUUCUGCAUUUUUUUUUUCUUUUGGAUGUGUGAGACAAGUAAUGGAAACGGAGAGAUGAGGAUGAACGGAAAGGCGGCUGGACGGGAUGAGAAGAAGAAGGGGACAGAACGGCACCAGAGAGAAGGCAAUCGAUUGAGCCGGUUUUCAAGGCCUGGAUUCAACACGACGCCGUUUGAAAUUGAAAGUCUUCUCCCGUCCUUGACUUUGGCCUGGCUGACAUUUAAAUCCCCAUGCUUUGUUCUGUUUCCCUCUGGUGUCUGCAGAAUGAAACAUGCAUUUUAAAUGUUUGCAAUUAAGUAGAAAUGCGAAU